AUGGAAGGCCUGAUACGUCCGGUGGUGGCCUUCCGGCGGCAAAACAUUCGGAGUCGUCACUUUUUCUGGCUCCUCGCGCUGAUUUCGAUGUUUCUCCUGCUCACGUCAUGGUCUUAUCGGGGACGUAGAACAAUCAGCUGGGCUGGCAUCCCACGUUACACGGGUUUCGCGGAGGCCGCCGGUCAGUCCGCGGACUCUCUAGGAGGGAGCGACCGUUUGCCUCAGGAACGCGGGAUGCAGCCUCGACGCCUGAGCAGCAUCGUGAAGAAGUUUGUUGUAUGGGAGCCGGUUCAUCGUUUAAUGCCCAGCUUGAAUUUGGACAGUGUGGUGUUUGUUGCGGGCAAGCAUAAAGCAGACCGUUCGGCUGCCUUUCACGCCACAAUGGACGACGUGAUGACACUCUUUUUGCGUUGGUUCAACGAGAAUGGCAACAUGAAUUGGUUGUUGCAAAGCUUCGUCACGGAGGCUGCGUUGCUUCGGGCACACAGUCGCUACCAGGAUCAGAUGAUCCACGAGCAAACGCAAAGCGAAUCUGAGCGGCCGACAAGCCCAGAAGAUAACAUGAACAAGCUCUUGAACGUCGAAGUGUACACGUAUCUGGCUGCAGCAAAGCGCCGUGUCCGGGACUGGGUCUGCGAUGGGAACUCGUUUCUGAGGACUGGCGAAGAAGGUAGGGAUCUUGCCAAGAAGCCGCUUCUAACGGAACGGGACGCCGGGUUUUUACGAGGCCUUCCGUACAGUGUUCUCCGUGUCGCACGAGGCGUGUAUGCCGACACCUUGCCGGCAUCGGUGGAGCGACUGCAGGAAGAGCUGUACCACCGCGACGUUAGGACGGUCGACGACUUACUGAUGAAAACCAACAUCAUAGACCUCUUUGUUCUUUUCGACGUUACGGACGAAUCCUUCACUCAGAUCGACGUCCUCCGGGAGGUUGCGCGCAACUGGGAACUGGCCCGGGAGGGACGGCUCGUCCCCCCACUGCUACCGCCAGGGACAUGGAAGGGAAAGCGAAGCUUAGAAGAUCUGAUACGUGACGGCCACUAUCCGUCGAUGAAGUUCCCCAAGUGCACCACGCUCAAGUGCGUGAUGCAGGAAACGUGGUCGGAGCACUCAGUGGAUACCAUCUCCGUCGAAAAAACGGACACGAACUCGCUCAAGUUGCUUCUCGUCGGAAACACUGGCAUCGGCGAGUACAAACAUCGCGCAAAGAGGAAGGGUUUCUGGUACAGUCUGAAGCGGUUCCUGUGGGCAAACGAAAUCGAUCAAGUUGUUGCGGCGUUGAAAACGUGGCAUGAAAAAGAAAAGGCAGACGCUGUCUUGGGCCUGGGGGAUUUUUUUGGAAUCCCUGGUCCGCUCUCGGCUCGUGACGAACGAUUCAGCACAAAGUGGUACGACGUCUUCGUCAAGGACGCCGGACUUGACAUACCGUGGCUGAUGACGCUUGGAGACGAGGAGGCUCUGGUGAACCCUUCUGCCUCUAUCCGACACCACUAUACACAGGAGCAUCAGAACUGGUACAUGCCCAGUGACGCGUACACAGUAACGUUCAAUUUCACGGCAAAUAUGACCAUGGCGGAUGGCACGAUUCAGCAAGAGUCCUUCAACGCGACGGUGAUCAACAUCAACACAUGGUCUCUCUUUGUCGGCAAUCCAGUCGGUGAGUCCAGCAUCAGCCGAAACGGCACGUUGCUGGUCUGCGACGUGUUUUUACCUUUUUGUUCAUUCCCCAGUCGACUGCGUUUCGAAAAGCACAUGUGA